UGCGAGCUCUCAAAGCAUUAACAUAUGGCGAAGGUGAGCAUGGCUGCAACAAUGAGUUCAGUUUGGGAGAACGGCAGCGAAUCUCUUGUUGAAUUGUGUCAAAAUGGUGUGUAUUACUUAAACAAGGCUCCAACUGGGAUCUACUAUUAUAACUAUAUGGCAAACAUCGUUUUAUCUGCCAUUGCGACUGCAGUUGGAUGUGUAGCGAAUCUCUUAGUGAUCAUAGCUUACUUCAAGACAUUUCGUCGGCACGAAUUCAACACAACGCUUCUCGCAUAUCUUGCCACGGCAGAUUUAUUGAUAACAGUGUUGGUUCAACCGUUAAUGAUCAGCCGUCUGACGCUCGAACUAUUUGAUCAACAUUACUGCUUGUACUGGUUGGUUAUAAGACGACUCUUUGAAUUCAGUGUGCCGGUCUCGUUCCUCUCCGUCGGCCUCAUAACCUACGAACGCUACCAAGCGUUAUUCUGCCCCGUCAAGUAUCGUACGAGCUCGUUGAGACGACGUAUUAAAAUAACAAUGAUUAUAAUUUGGCUGUUUGCGCUCGUUACGACGUGUUUACGAUUUUUCCACUUUUUUGUGGUGAUCUACUAUUUCAUGGCCUUAUUCAUAAUAAUCGCGUUAGUGGCUGCAAACACUGUAAUCUACGUCAAAAUCGGGAAAAUGGCUUCGGUGUAUACAAAGGAUCGGCGCGCAACCGCGCAGAAAAUGUGCGAUACUCGUAGCUCAAGAAAAAUCCUCGCAAAAGACAAGCGAAGCACACGAACGCUUUUCUAUAUCUUUUUGAGUCUGGUCAUAUGUUAUCUACCCAUGCUGGGGGCAAUAUUAUACUCGGUUAUCAACGGUCAAUCGCAUUCAAUGCAGUUUCUGUUUGGGUACCUCCCAUGGGCUGAUGCGUUCGCGUUCUUAAAUUCCACUCUGGACCCCUUCAUCUAUUGUUUGCGCAACCCAAAACUGAAGAACGCCGUGCUUGCCUUCGUGUGCCGUCGUGGUUAUAGAAAACGCGAUUCGUGUAACGAAGUUGGCGCGAGAAAUUCAUUGAUGUUGCAGAAUAGCAGCUCCGAUAAAAAGUGUCCCAACGAUUCAAGAAAUUCAUGAACUCUCUCCCAUCAAAUAACUUAGGGGCUGUUCAUAUGAGUCGGGCCAGGGUCACCGGCUACCCGGGAUGAAGCGUGUCAUGAAUUUUUUUUCACAACCAUAAAAGAUCUUUUGAACAACUUUAUACCGUCAUUGGAAUCAAACUAAACUAAUUCAAAACUUUGAAAUGUCAUUUUGAAGUGUUUAUGAAAGCUGUGAUAAGACCUUUAUUACACGAAUCCUCCCCGUUAAUCGGGCCAGCCGGCUCCAUAUGUGAACAACCCCCGUUACUCCUGGAAGAAAAAGCUUGGUGAUUCAAGGAACUCACAAAAAUGCUGUCAACAACUUAGAUCUAUAUUAAGAAGAGCUGUCGUCAUUCGUGACUCAGCUUUUGUCAACAACUUGGGAACUUCUACGUUGAGAAAAGCUGAGAAAUGUCUUUAUAGUAAAUGCCUGCGAGGCAUAAACAAAGGGGAACAGGCAAUUAUAUAAUGCCAUGUGGUAAUAAGUACGCCGGUUUAUUGUUUUAUUGUAAAUACAUACUUAAACGUUAAAGCCUCUUACAUCACAUAAGUUACCUUGACCUUAUACGUGUGAGGUACAGCAAGAAAACAACAACAAGUUUGAAUUCUUGACAACUUUUAAUUGCCUUUGCCAAAAUUGACGUAUUUCUAAUACGGUGAACGCGUGCAGUUUGAGACAAAGAAGUUUUGAUAUACAACAAAAUUUGCUUUGUUCAAAAUUUGGCAUGACGAACCUACUUGUCAAGCAAUUGUGCAGACUUGUAAUUUUUGCUGUAGGCUCACAGUCAAGAAAAUGUUUUAAAAUCGAUAAUAUAAUCUUUAAACUAUAAACAAAGCUUUUAGGUGGACUUAUAUUUUGUAGCAGCUAGCUUUUUUACGAUAAACAAUGCCUUCUUACGAUAAGAAAAAAAUCGCAGACAGUAUAUAUAAAUAUUUGAACAUAUAUACUUGACUUAAGUAGUUUUCUAGUACAGUACUGAAUUGCAUAAAUAAAUGUAAAUAUGGCUUGAAUAUUAUCAGUUUGAAAGUUCCAGUGCCAUACGGUCGAGGAAGAUCAUUUUCCCAUGAUCUCAAUAUAUGAUGCACACUCCAAAAGUUACAAACUGAAAAAAGUAGACAAAAAAGACUCUUUAGCGGUGCGGUUAUCUUUUCGUAAACAUGUCAAUCAACGAAACGUGUCCUCAGACUUUGGCCAUCUGGCAUGCAAAGAGUGACGUGAUUCGUUGGUUCCACUGAGAACUAUAUAGCGUGCAGCAGAUGAUGUGGUUAGCCAGCAGUUAUCAGAAAAUCUGCAUGUUAAUUCCUGUCUUCAUGUUCCUAAAGCCUAGUUUACACUAUCAAACUUUUCACAGUAGGAAUUUUGCAUCGGUGAUGAAGAAGAAUUUGUAGGAAAUGUUUGAGGAACCGUGUUAAGUUCCUCAAACAUUUCUUACAAAUCCUUCAAAAUUUACCGAUGCAAAAUUCCUAAGUGUGUUCACAGAAACUUUGAUAGUGUAAACCCCGCUGAUGAGCAUGCAUAAGAAAAAGAACUACGCUCCUUUAAUCUCACUUUCAAACGUUUUCUGAAAAUUUCCGACCACAUGCAUGAAUCUGCUAUCCUGACACGAAAAUUACGAAACUCUUUGCUUGAACCUAAAGCAUCACCAUGACUUUUAGAAGUGUAUAAUUAUAAUCUAUACAGGUACUUGAAACAAAGAUCGUUACUAAUAUACAAUAUAUAUAUAAAGUUUUUGAUGUAAACCCAUAGUUUUUCAUUUCAUAGCAAAGGUGUUUAUUAGUUAAGUUUGUAAAAAUUGAAGAAAAAGUAUUUCA